AUGGCAAAUGGGGAGGCAAAGGUGGCAAAGGAGAGGAUCGAGGCAGUGGAGCCGGAAAAGAACUUGAUCACGUUCAGGGUUAUAGAAGGUGAUCUCAUGAAAGAGUACAAAAGCUUCCUGAUCACGAUCCAGGUGACCCCUAAGCAUGGAGGGCCAGGGAGUAUUGUGCACUGGCACCUUGAGUAUGAGAAGAUUAGCGACGAGGUUGCUCAUCCCGAGACUCUCCUCCAGUUCUGUGUUGAAGUCUCUAAAGAGAUCGACGAGCAUCUCUUGUCUGAGGAAUAGAGGAGAGUACUCUUCGUGUGACUAUCCUAUCAGUCCUUGUGUCAUUGUGUGCAUGGUUGAAGCAUGUUGAUUUCAGUAUUUAAAAGUUCAAUAAAUAAUGAGUGUCGAAUAUAUUUGAGUGAAAUGGAAGUGCUGUGUAUUACAAGUAUGUAUUCUACUUUCUUGUUUGUUUAAGUGUAUUAUGUUUGUCUUUAAUAAAAC